AUGAACGGGUCGCAACCGGAGGCAUUUGCAUGCUCGGAACAUCAUGAUAAGGUCUAUGGCCAACUAGACCGACUCCGUAGGGCCGGGCAGCUAUGUGAUAUCACCUUGAAAUCGAAGGAUGGUCGAAAACUGUCGGCGCACAAGGUUGUCCUCGCCGCCAACAACGAGUUCUUUCACGCGCUUUUCACUACACCAAUUGGCGUACGAGAUCAGGAUGAAUGUCAUCUACGUGAAAUUGAGUUCGAGCCGCUGAGCCUCCUCAUAGAUCACAUUUACAACGGACAGCUUCGGAUUAAUGACGAAAACGUGCAAAGCCUUAUGGCUGCUGCGUCGUUCUUGGAUAUGCCAAAAGUUGUCGAAAAUUGUGCCCAGCACCUCCUCGCCGGAGCCGAGGCCUACAACAUCCUAGGAAUUCGUGCCCUAUGCAGCCAAUAUUCCUGCUUCCGAAUUAUGCCCUCGGUUGAGAAUGCUGUUUGCAAUAUGUUCUACGAGCUCCGAAAGACGCCCAGUUUCCUGAACCUCGAUAUCGAAGAAAUCCUCAAAAUUCUGAAGGACGACAAGCUGUACAUUGACACGGAAGUUGAUGUCUUCCAUGCGGCUAUUGACUGGAUUGGGUACAAGGUAAAGGAGAGGAAGAAAGAGCUGCCAAGACUCCUAAGCGCCGUUCGCAUGGUACUAAUCCCGCCGGCCGAUCUCCAAUCGAUAAUUGGUGAUGAUCCGCUUGUGAAGGAAGACCCGGCUUGUCUAGACCAAGUUCAAGAUGCGCUUAAAAAGCUCCGCCUCCCACAAUACGAGCGUGGCCAGCAUGCUCGCGAGCCGGUCAAGGCGCCGGGAGUUAUUUUUGCUCUUGGAGGAAUCAAAGAUGAAGGCAAUAACUGGCCUACUGUAGAAAUUUUCGACCCUCAUACCCAAGAUUGGCACUUCCUGCGCGACCUGGACAUUCAACGAUCCCAUGGGUUUUCGGUGGCCGUGUCCAAGAUGAGCUUCUACAUUUCCGGCGGUUUUAACAAGAGCAAGGAGCGUUGCGCUACGGUUGAGGUGUACGACUUUUUGAGCAACACACUGAAGCAGGUUGCGCCUAUGCCGCUCGUGCUCAGCAAUCACUCUUCAGCAUUCUUGGAUGGGUUACUGUAUGUCCUGGGAGGAACUACUGAUGGAGGAUGGACUGAUCGACUAUAUGUCUACGACCCUGAAAAUGACGUUUGGCAUUGCGGAGCGCCAUUGCCAAACAAUCGCCGUCACGCCCAGCUGGUGGCUCUUGGCAGAUACCUUUACGCAAUCGGAGGAGGCCAAGAAGCUCAUGCGACCGACCUCGUCGACCGCUACUCCCCGAUUACAAAUACUUGGGAAGCGGUAGCACCUCUAAACGACAAGCGCUCAAGGUGCGGUGCCGCUAUUUACGGGCAGCAGAUCUACGUUUGUGGAGGGGUAAGCCCGGGACUCCAUGCCCUGGAUUCAGUUGAGGUCUACGAUCCUGAGAAGAACACUUGGACUGUAGGCAAGAAAAUGAUGACCUCCCGUGCCAAUUGUGCCCUCGCGGUGUUGGGCGAGAAGCUGUACGUCAUCGGAGGCUACGACGGUGUACGCAAAAUCUCGAGCGUCGAUGUAUUUGACGUAAAGGCGAACCACUGGGUCGCCUAUGACCGGAUGCGCUCCCAUGAAGGCCGCGUCGGGACCGCGACGUUCAUUUUGCCCCCAGUGUCUGGGAAGUGCAUC